UACCACCAACAAUUAACUUUGUCUUACAUGAAAAUAUAGUUUCUAAUUACAAUUCAAUGUAAUACAAAUCAUUUAUGAAGCCCUACUUGUGCAGCAAAAUUUUUAACAAACUUACAAACGUGUAACAACAGAUAAAAAAUGGUGUUCCUGAUCAUAGUUGACCUAAAUAUAUAUAGUAUACAAUGGUAUGUACUAUCACAAGCAGUUGCGAUUGAAGCAAUGAUUGACCCAACAACAAAAACUAGGAAUGUAAUUAAGUAAUAUACGAUCUAUUUUUCUACUGAUGAUAAUGAUGUAUUUGAAUAUACAAACUAAAAGGGAAGUUUAAGAUAUGCAAUCUGAAUGAUAAUUAUAGCAAAAUGCAUUUGAUAGAAGGAUUGCUGAUUUUGCUACAACUACCUAUUGGUCUUACUGUGCGAUUCGAUGCCAAACCAAAGGAUGUAAAUGGAUACGAAGGGAAAACAGCCAAAAUAAAUUGCUUUUUAGGAGAUUUUAUUAAGGAAAAACAUAUUGUAUCAUGGUGGAAAUAUGAUCUAAAAUUGAGUCAACAGAAUGAGGUAAUAGUUUUUGAUAAACGUAUAUCGGUGUACUUAGAUGACCUUCCGUAUGCUGGUGCAUACUCAUAUGUAUUACUUAUACAUGACCUAAUACUUGAGGAUGAAGGAGACUACCACUGUCAGAUUGAUGAAAGUCCAAUCGUUAGCUCUGGAAUAGCACGCCUCACAAUUUUGCAAAUUCCCUCUACAAAAUAUCCAAAAUGUAAAAAAUCUGCUAACACUUACGUCGUUGGUUCACAAGUCAAACUGACGUGCAUUAGUGAGCUAAUAAGUCCACCUGUGGAAUUAAACUGGAACCAUGAAGGUGCUUCAGUUUUACCAAUUAGUAUCAAAACUGAAGUAAGUGAUGAUUUGGUCUACAAGCAUUAUACAUUCAUAGCUAAAAAAUCAAACAACGAUGAUAGUUUCAUGUGCCAACAAAGAACUGAGGUUGUCCCAGGAAUACACAAUUGUUCAAUUCAAAAUUUGAAUAUACAAUAUCGUCCAGAAGUUAAAAUACAACACACCAGUGCACUGUUUGCAGGAUCUGAUGCCAUUUUAUUCUGUCAAUCAUUUGCUAAUCCUCCAGUUACAGAGUUCAAGUGGAUGUUUACACCUGUAUUAAAUGUUAAUGAAUAUAUUGCAGAUGGACAAGUAUUGACACUUAUAAAACCAUCGAUUGCCCGAAAUGGAACAAGAAUAACUUGUUUAGCAGAAAACAAUAUCGGCGCCAGUACUGAUACAAUGACAGUACAUAUAACGAAGGAAGGAACGCUGGAAAAGAAUAUUUAUGGAAACAAUAAUGACUCUAAAAAUGUUUCUAAAACAAAAAAUACUACGAACAUGACUGAAGACAGCAAAGGAGUAUCACUGUAUGUUGUCAUUAUUGUCAUUGUAUUAGUCGUCAUCAUUGUUGUGGUUGUUGUUAUCAUUCCUGUUUAUUACCAUUGCUUCUGUAAGACACGGACUGCUACUGAUUCCUCUGGUAGAGAGAUAUACCAGCCUACUGUUUACUAUGACUCCAGAAAUCGUACUUCAAAUAGUGGUCUCUAUGAUUGCUCUUUACCUCAUUUACCAAGUACAGGGCUUUAUGGUCAUUGGAGACACUCUUUCGCUUCUCAGGUUCCUGAAGAUCUUAAUCAACAAGGAUAUGUGUAUAUUGAUGAGAGAAAUGGUCAGAAUACUCUUUAAUAGCGUGCAACAAUUAAAUAAAAUAAUUUACAAAACCGUAGUUACUACGUUUGAUUCUGUGUAACACCAAAUGAUGUGUUAUGUAAGAAGUUCAUAAUUAUUAAUUUGGUUUGAACUGCAUCGUUUAAAUUGAUCUCGCUUACCAAGUAAUGGACAUAUAGUCACUUAAGGUAUUAAUUUUCUUCAAACGUUUCUGAAGAUAUUGAUUAAAGGUACCACAUGUGCAUAGGAAAAAGAAAUUGUUCGACUAUUAUUCGCAUACCACUCAAGAUUAAAAGGAUUUAUUGCCAAACCUGUAACAACACAUUUAAAACGGUGUUCCAUUCAGUUUCCAAAAAAAAAUGUAGAAGGCAUUAAGUGGUGUUUGACAUUGAUUGCAGGCGAUCAGCCUUUGCGUAGUAUUUUAAUAUUCAUAAAACCGAAGGUAACAUUGAAGGCAGAAGAAUGUGACGUAUUUUCAUUUUGGUAUGUCGAUGAUUGCAAAAAGACAAGUGGAAAUCAUUUUGGAAAGUCUUGAUCUUAAAUUCAAAUUCACUAAAUCGUUAAACAUGCGUUUAUCGUUGAUCCUGCUACAAAUAUGUAUUGCGUAUGCCGUAAGAUUUGACGCUAAACCUAAUGAUGUUCAAGAACAUGAAGGGCAGAUAGCAAUUUUAAAAUGUUAUCUAGGAGAAUUUAAUAAACAAAACAAUGUGGUAUCCUGGUGGAAAGAGGAUGAACAAAUAAGUUUGAAUGAUAUGGUAAAAGCUGCUGAUCAACGUAUUUCGGUAAAUUUAGAAAAGCUUCCAUAUACAGGUGCGUAUUCGUAUUCUUUACAAAUAACUGACUUAAAACUCAAAGAUAAGGGGAGCUACCACUGCCAAAUAGACGGAUUUCCUAAAAUCAUUUCUGGAACAGCACGUCUCGGUGUUAUGCAGAUUCCUUCGUCAGAAUACCCAAAAUGCUCGAAGUCAGCUAACAGUUACAUCGUAGGCAGAGAUGUAAAAUUAUCGUGCAUUAGUGAGUUAAUAAGUCCACCCGUAAAUCUACGAUGGAGUCGAAAAGAUACUUUUAUUUUACCAACGAAUAUUCAAUCUGAAAUACUUGACGAUUUGGUGUAUAACCAUUAUACAUUUAUAGCAAAGAAAACUGAUAAUGAUGCUAAUUUUGUAUGUGAACAAACAACCGACGCUAUUUCUGAAAUAAUUAAUUGUACAAUUCAAAAUUUAAAUAUUCAAUAUCGUCCAGAAGUGAAAAUACAGCACACCAGUGCAUUGGUUGCAGGAUCUGAUUCUAUCUUAUUCUGUCAAUCAUUUGCUAAUCCUCCAGUUAUGAUAUUCAGAUGGACGUCCACACCUGUUCUAAACGAUAAUGAAUAUAUUGCUGAUGGGCAAGUGUUAACCCUCAUAAAGCCAUCGAUAGCUAGAAAUGGAACUAGAAUCACCUGUUCUGCAGAAAACAAAGUCGGUAUCAGUACCGAUACAACAACGUUACACAUAAUAAAAGAACAAAGGAGAGAAAAUAAUAUACAUGGAAACGAUAAUGACAUAGAGAAUUCACUUGAAACAAAAGAAAAUAAUAUGGAAAUAACGAGGAAAAACAAUCAGGGUGUAUCACUGUAUGUUGUUAUCAUUAUCAUUGUAUUAGUCGUAAUCAUUGUUGUGGUUGUUGUCAUCAUUCCUGUUUAUUAUCACUGCUUCUGUAAGACGAGGGCUGCUACUGAUUUAACUGGGAGAGAGAUAUACCAGCCUACUGUUUACUAUAACACCAGAGAUCGUUCUUCAAAUAGUGGUCUCUACGAUCGAUCAUUACCUCAUCUGCCGAACACAAGGCAUUAUGUUCACUGGAGACACUCAUUCGCUUCUCAAGUUCCUGAGGAUCUUGAUCAACAAGGAUAUAUGUAUAUUGAUGAGAAAAAUGGUCAGAAUACACUUUGAUAGAGUGCAUCAAUUAACAAUUAACUUUAUAAAAAUGCUCAUUAGUUUUGUUCUACGACAAUCAAUAUUUUAUGUAAGCUGUUCAUAGUCAUUAAUUUGGUUUUAACUGCAUCGUUUGAUCUUACUUACCGGACAUACAUGGUCACUGAAGGCAUUCAUUAGCUUCAAACGUUUCUGAAGAUACUGAUUAUGUUUGUAUGUCCCAAAAAUACUUUGAAAUAUAUUGUUGGACUAUUAUUCGCACAGCAAUAAAGUUUGGAAAGAUGUUCAGUUCAUGAAAAUUAAUGUAGAAGGCAUUUAAGGAUGUGUGCUAUUGCAGGCGAUCAGCUUUCAGGUACUAUUAUAAUUGCUUAAUACCAUAGGAAGUACUGAAGAUAGAAAAAAAUAUUUUGCAAAUAGUGUAACAAGUGGAAAGCAUUUCGUAAGGUGUUGUUAAAUAUAUCAGGUAAAAUGUUUUUACUUCAGUUUGCAAGACAGUUAAUCUUCCUACGAAGUUGUAUUUCAUAUGCUGUGAGAUUCGACGCUAAACCGAAUAAUGUUCAGGAAUUUGAAGGACAGGUUGCAACAUUGAAAUGUUAUUUAGGAGAAUUUAAUAAAGAAAGCAAUGUUCUAUCCUGGUGGAAAGGCGACAAACAAAUAAGUGUGAAGGAAAGACUAAUAACGGCAGACCAACGUAUAUCAGUAAACAUAGAUAAACUUCCAUUUCCUGCAGCAUAUUCUUAUUCUUUACUAAUAUCUGAUUUAAUGCUCAAAAAUGAAGGAGACUACCAUUGCCAAAUAAAUCAAACUACUGUCAUUAGUUCUGGAGUAGCCCGUUUAACAGUAUUGCAGGUUCCUUCAUCAGAAUAUCCAAAAUGCACGAAUUCAGCUAACAGCUAUACAGUAGGAUCACAAGUAGAAUUAACAAGUAUGACCGAGUUAAUAAGUCCACCAGUGGAGCAAACAUGGAUUCGGAAAGGUAGUUCUAUUUUGUCAAUGAAUUCGCAACCUCAAUACAGAAUAAUAUGGUCUACAAACGAUACUCAUUUAUAGCAAAGAAAACAGAUAAUGAAGCUACAUUUUUGUGUCACCAAACAACUGCUGUUGUCCCUGAUAUACAUAAUUGUACAAUUCGAAAUUUAAAUAUACAAUAUCCUCCAGAAGUUAUAAUACAACAUACUAAUGUGUUGUUUGCUGGAUUAGACUCAAUCUUCUUUUGUCAAUCAUUUUCUAAUCCUCCAGCUACGCAGUUCAGUUGGACGAUUACACCUGUAUUAAAUGCUAAUGAAUAUAUUGAGGAUGGACAAGUAUUAACGCUAAUAAAAACAUCGAUGGCGAGGAAUGGAACAAGAAUCACAUGUUCUGCCGAAACACUGUUGGUAUCAGUGCCAAUACAACGAUUUUACACAUAAUAAAGGAAAAAAGGCUAGGGAUUAGUAUACCGUGAAAUAAUAACGACUUAGCAAAUUCAAAUGAAACAAACGCAAAAAAUAUGGACAUGAAUGGAAAAGACAACCAGAGUGUAUCACUGUAUAUUGUCAUCAUUAUAGCUGUAUUAAUCGUCAUAAUUAUCAUUGUUUUUGUCAUCAUUCCUGUUUAUUAUCAAUGUUUCUGUAAGACGAGGACUGCUACUGAUUCAUUUGGUAGGGAGAUAUACCAGCCUACUGUUUACUAUGACUCCAGAGAUCGUUCUUCGACUAGUGGCAUGUACGAUCGAUCUAUAACUCGUUUACCAAGCACUGGUCAUUAUGGUCAUUGGAGACAUUCAUUCGCUUCUCAAGUUCCUGAAGAUCUUGAUCAACAGGGAUACAUACAGGAAAGAAACGACCAAAAUUAACUUUAGAACUUGGCUGGUGCAUCGAUACCGUUCAGAAUGCUACGGCAAAUUUAAAGGCCUACAUCUACCGGGUUAUUAUACAUAGAACCGCUAUGUUGCAAUUAUCAUUUUCUUUGUUGCUUGAUCGAUCGAUCAGUAUUCUAUGAAACAAAGCAGCCACCGGAAUUCUGUCUAAACGAUCCAGCUGAACAACUACUCCGAUUGGUAUUGUAUGGUUCUAAAUGUGACCAACUACGUCGCAUAAUAAACCAGGUCAUGAUCGUAAGUCGCCAUAAAUUCAACGUCAACAAUAUAACGGUUGUUUGUAAUUCACUGUAUUUCAGUAUAAAUGAGCUUAUUAACUAAUGAAUACUGAUUGGCAACAAAGCAGGCGACUCGAACGAGUACAAGGUCCAGCGGUGAAAAUUAAUUCUUCCCAUUCUAUUGUACACAAUUUCCAAAAUUGCCCGUUCGUCUUUCUGUUAUACGUUAAUGCGAUAAAAAAAAGUAGAUGAAUACAGUUUAACGGACGAGCCUACUUACUUCAAUUAUGGCCAAGAAAUUGAAAAGGGUAUUUUUUAGGGUACUUGUCUUCUCCUACACUCACUGCUGUUGGUUAAUUACAGUACGUAAGAUGACCUGAAAUGCAACUUUGACUUAUAAUUUAUAUAUCAAAUGAUAGAUACUAUUAGAAUAUAUAUCUUAAUCAUAUUUUCAUUUAUAUUGCAUAUAAAAACAUGUUAUUACAAAUUUUAAAACAUAAGAUUAUGUUAAUUUAAUAUACAGAGUUACUAAACCUGAAACGUCGUCCACAAAUUGUAUUUCACGGGGUUAAAAAAACCUAAAAAGAUAACAACAAUAUUUUUGAAUGUAUAUAAUUGUACUUUUUUUGUUAAAAUACACACGUACAUGUUGUAUUAAUUAUACAUUGUAAAAAUUGUUGACUUCCUAUUACCUCUUUAAUGUUAUGUUUAUUUUAAAAAAAUAUCAAGAGAUAAGAUGAAAUUGUAUAGAAAUGGUUUAUCUGAACACGUAAUAAUUCUGAAAAAAAAUUUAAAUGAUAGGUGUGUGUUAUAUUGUUGUCAGAGAAUACAAUAAUUCCAUUCCUUAGCCUUUGUUCAUAAUACGCUUUGUCUUCAAAUGUAUUCGAUAUAAGACUUAAUAACAUACGUACUACUCACUAAAAUUAGGUCGCAACUCGAGUAUGACUUUGUAAUAUAAUUAAUUAACAUAUAAAACGGAACCAUUUUGGUGUUAUGCCAAGUAAGAGUUCGUUUUUAUGACUUAACAUUGUUAUAAUGAUUAUUAACAUCCUUUUAUUAUUAUUUACUAAUAUAUGUUGAAACACAUGUAAUUUUCUCUAUCAUGUUGCAUCAUGAGUGAUUGACUGAUAUUGAACAUACAGUUUUAACAUCUGUAAUUUCCUAUUAAAAAUAUAAAUACAAGUUCGGGCCCAUAUUGCUAAUUUAAUAAUGAUACUGUAUAUACGUUAUACACAUCGUAAUUGUAUGCAUUACUAUUGUUUUCAUUUAAGUUGUAAGUGUAAUAUAGGUAAUAUGCAAAUGAAUAGUCAGCGUGUAGGUGAAUCCAUAAUUUUGUAUGCGUAUGCUCAGAAUCUCUAGUUCACUGGGAUUCGUUAUUAAUGCAGGCAUAUUGCUUAUAAAGAAAGCGUUGACGUCAGAGGAAAUAGCAUGUGAUAGGCAUGUGAUGCUAUGUGGCUUGAUGAUAUAUCUAAUACUGAAAAAAAAAAACAUUGAGAAAGGGAUGUAUAUAUAAUUGGUCACUAUGGUAGCAAGUUUUCGUAAUUUUACCUAUGUUUCUACCAAGUAGUACCGUACUGAGUUUUAUUAUAGCGUGUAGUUAAGAUGAUUAAGAUAACUCGAUCCAUUCUUACACCAUUACGGAAGAGUGCCAUAGCUAUACUCUGUCGAAUUAAAUUGAAAAUUAGAUAGCUUUUCUAAUCAUUUUUAAACAAAUGUAAUGUGAAGCUGUCAAUCUUAUCUUUUUAAUUAAUUGCAUAUGUAUUUCAAAUGAGUACGACAUUUUUGUAACUAUGGUGUGUCCCAGAUGUGUAUAUUUCUGUAGUUAGGCCUAUAACUAUGCUGCUUUAUGCCGUUAAAGUUACGGCAUGCUCUCUAUUUCUUAAGUUGUAAAAUAUUUGGUGUUUGAUAAAUAAAUAUCAGGUUGUUGUUUGACCAAA